AUGUUUCACCAGGUGAAUAUCACCCUGUGCAUCUUCUUUUAUCCCGUUCAGCUGAGUUCAAGGCCUCUUGCCGCCAUGCAUCAUGCGUUGCUCAUCCAAGAACUCAUUGAAAUCGUCUUCCAACAUGUGGAAGAUGGAAGAGCUUUAUCGAGGCUCGCGAGGACCUUUACGCGCGUAAUGACGCCGAGAGACUGGGAGAUCCUUUACUCAUAUACUCGUCGAGUCAAGAAAGUUGUCGUGUACGCAUGGGAUACGGAUGAAAGUACAACUAUAUUACACUCUCGUGUCUACCGUGCCCUCUCAGACUGCCCGCUUUCCAACCUCUUUCCAAAACUGCACACCAUCCGCGUGGAAGGCGACACGACAGGCUACAACCGACACUACCGCUACCUUAUGACACAGGGUCUUCUACUCUCUCCCAAUCUGCGUGCGAUUCAUGUUGACAUCAUGAUGUUAAAUCGCUUCCUUUCAGAUGUACCUUUGAUCACCGAGCUCUGCCCAAACGUCGAAUCGUUCUCUUGUAGAAACUACGACAAUCAACAACGGCCGCCACGUAACGGAGAGCCAGACUUGCUGACAAGGACGCUAUGUCAGUGGGAAUGUAUACGCAGCGUCGACUGUGGCACAGUAAGCGCCGAAAUUCUAUCCCAUAUGGUAAAAUCGCCGUCGCCGUCCCUAGACCACCUCUCCGUGCCAGUCAAUACAGAAGAGCCGUGGCUUGCGGGGCAUUAUGGGAUCCACGAGAUCAAGCAACUGUCUCUCAUCGUUGAUGGCAUUGAUACUUUCCCGCGAGCACUUAGAGCGCUGCUUCUUAAUGGAAAUAGCACAACACAAUCCUCGUCCCUUUCAGAAAGUCAAGCUGCUCAUCUGCACACUCUCGAUGUUCUUUUUGAUCAGCACAUGAGACCAUGCGCCAUAGAACCUCCGCCGCGCCCCCCGUUCUUAAUAUUCAAGUCCCUCGCGGAAUGCGUGUCACAUGCUUGUCUGACCAGUAUCAAGCUCUCAGAAUCUAAAUCGUCGGUAAUCAAACUUCCAAUCAACAGUCGCUUCGACAAGGACGCGCUGUCUCCACUCUGCGCCUUUUCUAUGUUAACGGAACUCAUCAUUGAUCUUAAUCGGCAUCCUAUCGUGUUAGAAGACUUCGAUGGCAAUGGAGAAUCCGAUGCCAGGGAUGGUGGUUCGGAUGAAGCGCUUGCUGCUCUUGUGUCGUACUGGCCACGCCUCGAACAACUGAAGCUGAAAAAACUGCAACGCCCAGCGUCACUCGCGGGUCUAUUCGCCGUUCUCACUUCGUGCCCUCGCCUCACCUAUCUCAAUAUGAGGAUCUGUGUGGACCCACGCCAGGUUAACAUAGCGGCUGAGUCCAUGUCCGGAGCUAAUUCUGCUGGCCCAACCAAGGGCUCAGCAUUUACACCGCUCCCGCGUAAUCCAUGCAUUACCUGGUUGGACCUUACUCAUACCUCGGAACGUCUCCAAGAUAUCAAACCGCUUGCAAGGGUGCUGUAUCACGUUGUGCCUUCUUUGUGCUCAUGUGGUCGGAGUGACUCGUUCGUCUCCUUAGAUCCGAAGUUCAAAGAUAGUAAUAUUUCAGGACGAAGAAUCAGCAUGGCAGCUAGUGUCGCGGGGUGGCUUCCAGCUUGGAGCCAAGCUGACUUCAGGGGCAAUACGUCCGCAAAAUGGAACAAAAAAAUUCUGGACCGUCGUACUUGA